GUUGUAUUAAUUUUUAUUUCUUUGCUUAAUUAAAAUAAUGGCACAGCUCUCAACUGGUUCUGUUAAAGUUCUUUACGAUGAGGAUAAAGCCAAUCCUCUUCAUAACAAUCCUACUGUUCAGAUAAUUAAUAUUAAGGCAGUCAAUGUUCAAGGUGGUGCUCGUCAUAGGGUUAUUGUUUCUGAUGGUGUUCACUUCAUGCAAGCUAUGCUCGCUGCGCAACAUUCUCCAUUAGUAGAAGAAGGCAAACUCAAGCGUAACAGUAUUAUCACUCUUAACGAUUUUGUUUGUAAUCCGCUUCAAAAUCGAAAAAUCUUGAUCAUUUUGAAUUUCGAUAUUGUCCAAACUGAUGUUGAAAGCAAGAUUGGUACACCUACUACUUUGGAAGGCCAUUUGCCUUCUACAAAUAGCAGCAACAAUGUUGCUAGCAGUAGUAAUCAUCCCAGUCCUACUAUUCGACAAGAAAGUUCUCCAUCUUUAGCAAACCAAUCAUUUAAUAGUGGUACUAAUAUGCAGUUAGAGGCUAACUUGACACCCAUCAAAAACUUAAAUCCCUACCAAACCAGAUGGCACAUUAAAGCAAGAGUUACUCAAAAAUCACCUAUCAAGAAAUGGCAUAAUGCUCGAGGUGAUGGUCAAUUAUUUAGUGUUAAUCUUCUUGAUCAAACAGGAGAAAUUAAAGCCACUGCUUUUAAUGAUCAGGUGGAUCGUUUAUAUAAUAUGCUUGAAGAAGGAAAAGUGUAUUAUAUUUCAAAGGCUCGUGUUACAAUGGCUAGAAAACAAUUUUCUACUUUAAAUAAUGAGUAUGAAUUGGGAUUUGAGCAUAGUACCGAAAUUGAAGCUUGUCCCGAUGGCGCUAAUAUUCCUCAAAUGAACUUUGAAUUCGUUAAGAUUGGAAACCUUGAAAAAUAUGAAAAGGGGGCUAAUAUCGAUGUUGUUGGUGUCGUUAUUGAAGAUCAAGGAGUCUCUGAGAUUGUUUCUAAAAUGACUGGAAAACCUACAAAGAAAAGAGAACUUGUAAUUGCUGAUGAUUCACUUCGAAGUGUUCGACUCACUUUAUGGGAUGUUCAAGCUAAAGAAUUUGUAUCGACGGGUAAUCCCAUCAUUGCUUGUAAAGGAGUUCGUGUGAAUGAUUUUGGUGGUCGAUCACUUUCUUUGGGUGGUAGUAGCUCUCUUAAAGUUAAUCUUGAUAUUCCUGAAGUUCAAAAUCUUCGCCGUUGGUAUAAUGAUCGAGGACAACAUGCACACUUUACAAAUUAUUCUAACAGUGGCAUGCCAAUUACUAACAGUGGUGGUGAUAUCACACAAUCCUAUAGUAAUACCAAAAUUACAUUGCAGCAGGCCAAAAAUGAUAACUUGGGAUCAAGUGACAAACCUGACUAUUUCAGUUUCCGAGGCACUGUAGCUUUCAUUAAGACCGAAAACCCAGCCUAUCCAGCCUGUCCUGACUGUAAAAAGAAAUUGUUAAUGGAAGAGAACGGUUGGCGCUGUGAGAAAUGUCAAAAGGUACAUCCUACGCCUGAAUAUCGAUACAUUUUAACAGUUAGUGUUGAAGACGCUACUUCGCAACUUUUUGUGAAUGGUUUUGAUGAAUUUGGUAAUACCUUAUUGAAGAAGAAUGCAAAUGAACUUAUGGCUUUGAAAGAAAAUAAUAUGACAGCUGCUCAACAAGUAUUUAAUCGUGCACUUUUCCAGACAUUUAACUUUAAGGUUAGAGCUAAACAAGAAACCUAUAAUGAUAUCACACGAGUUAAAUAUAAUGUUAUUGAAAGUACACCUAUUGAUUAUGUAAAGGAUGGAUAUGAAUUAGCUGCUGCUAUUGAUAAGCUUUUAUAAGUAAUAUAAUGUUGUAUUUUGCUUUGUUU